CAACACUUCUCUCACUGACAGACGUCUGAAGGAACAGAAACACUUGUGGAGACAUGACCAAAGAGACUGAGACUCUGGGUUUGGUCUAUCAGAGUGAGAGCUUCAACUACAACCGUUACUUCAGCGUGGACGCGAUGGACUCGUGGCCGUACGUGAACAGUCCGGCGCUGGAGCAGAACCACGCCAAACCCCGACUGCAGCCGGGGGACGACAUCACGGCGAUAACGAUGCUCUACGAACAGUGCAAGAGCCAGAAAGAACAGAAAAUGACCACGAACCGGCUCAGCGUUUGCAAACCCAGCGAAAGAACACCUUUCGCCAAAAACGGGCUGGACGCGUCUUCCACGAUGUUGAAAAUGCUGUCGGACGCCGUUCCCGCCGGUUACUCCCAGGACAUGCUGUGCUCCAAACCCAUGUCCGCGCCGCACACCGCCGCCGCCGCCGACACCUACACCACGCUCACCAGCGUCAUGGCCGACACCUACGACAAACACGAGCUCAACAACAUCUUCGACUCGCUGCUGCAGCGGUGGCCCGAGAACUCCGCCUUCCCCGACCCCAGCCCCGAGCCUCUUCCGUACCCCGACCCGUUCCCGGAGGAGCAGUCCAGUCCGGUUUACUCCGGCUCCUACAUGGGUUCGCCGCGGGAACAUUUCCGGAGCGAGUUCCAGUUUUCUCUGGGGGCUCCUGCCGCGGCGCCGUACAAAUCCAGCGAACUCCCCAUGGUUUACCUGAACAAAGGCCAGUUCUACCCCGUCACGCUGCACGGAGUCGACCGCGCCUCCGGGAUCACCGCCUCCAAAGUCAAGACCGUGGUGAUGGCCGUGUUCGAAAACGACAAAACGCCCGAGAUGCAGCUGAAGUUCUGGAAUCACUGGCACGCGCGACAGCCCACGAUCCGGCAGAGGGUGAUCGAUAUCGCCGAUUACAAAGAGGUUUUCAACAGCAUCAGUAAUGUGGAGGAGGUGGCCUUCAACGCUCUGUCCUUCGUGUGGAACCCAAACGAGGAAGCCAAGGUUUACAUCGGCAUCAACUCCCUCAGCACGGACUUCUCGUCGCAGAAAGGCGUCAAAGGCCAACCUCUGAAUCUGCAGAUCGACACUUACGACUUCAGCUCGGGGACGAACCGCCUGAUCCACCGCGCCGCCUGCCAAGUCAAAAUCUUCUGCGAUAAGGGCGCAGAGAGAAAGAUGAGAGACGAGGAACGGAAGAGGUCCAAGAGGAGGGGCAAGAGCGUCGACGCCAACGCAAACAAGAGCCAAACGAGCGGCUCCGGCGAGUGCACGUUCUUCCAGAGCGUCGAGGAUCAUGUGACGGUUCCGGUCCUGUUCAUCCCGGAGACGCACCUCUCCAGCAUGCGAGGAUCUGCCACUCCUCUGGAAGAAAGCGAAAGGGGAACUCUGAAGAGGCUUUACCCAGAUCGAGAAGAAAGCAGCUCCCCUCCGAGCAAACUCCCCCGACAAGAAGAUCCACAGCGAGUUCUUCUCUACAUAAGGACAAACACCGAGGAGAUCUUCGACGCGCUCAUGCUCAGCGCCCCGACCCUGGCCGGACUCAAAGAAGCUCUUUCACAGAAGUACGGCAUGCAAGCGGACACCAUUGGGAAAAUCUUCAAGAAGUGCAAACGGGGUAUUUUUGUGAACAUGGACGACACCAUCGUGGAACACUACACCAACCAGUCUGCGUUCCUGGUGGAGAUGUCGGAGGCGGCGGGGCAGAUCCAGCUCACUCUGGUGGAAGUAUGAGAACGACCGACGCUUUUGGUCGCCGUGAAGAACCGACCAAUCACAGCCGCCACGCGUCAAAAGCACUGUCCAAUCAGAGACUCUCGAAGCUGUGAAGAGCCGCGCGCACAAAAACGCAAG